CAAUCGGGUUUACAACACCUUUACUUAAUGCUAAGAAUAAUCAGAGUAUUACUGAAGUCCAUUGUGAUGCGAUCUACAAGACCGCAAAAGGAAGAUUCGAGUUAUACGGACUCAUCGCUAACUUUGAAGGCUCAGGAUACCCAUUAGCAUAUCUUAUUUUAGAUACUACAG